AUGGCGCCCGUCGAGCCUGAUGUCAACAACUCAAACGCGAUACCCAUUAUUACAUUAACAAGCCAAGCCUUAUCAAUCGGUGCUCUGCUCGUCUAUAUCUUUGCAAAGCUCCGUGUAGCAUCCAAGGCGCUUCCGCCAUCCCAAGAUACGCGUUCCAGAAUCCCUCAGAGACGGCGCGAUAUUACUAUACUAGCUGGACUGGCACUUCUAAGUUUCUUGAUCGUGUCGCAUUUCGCACUCAGUUCCCGUACUAUCUCGUACCAAGAAUGGGCACAGAAAAGCAAGGAACCCAUACCCAAUAGCCUUUGGAGUGGAUGGUACGGUGGAACGAAUGGAAUCACAGGUGGACUACAGCUAGGAAGAUGGUUUCAGGACGUGAACAUCCUCAGUGAUGGCUUUCAAGUCGCUGUAGCGAGAAGCCGCGGUUUCUGGUGGACCCAGCAACAGUUUACUGGUUUACUUGGGUGGAGCAUCUUUGUUGGAGUUGAAGGCCGACGACGUCACCUCCCUAAAACUCUUACUUUUGCCUUUGUCCUUCUAGGACAAUUGGUAGGUCUCAGUAUUGCUCAGAAUUUGUUUUACAUUGGCCUUCUCCUGACACCGGUGCCAUUCUCCUCAACUUCGCAAAGAAGCUCCCUCUGGACUCCCCAUCCAGGAGUAUACAUUGCACCCAUUAUCGCGUCGCUCGUCCUUCUCGACGUCCUGCCAAACUAUGCCAACGACCUCAAUGUGAUAAGAACUCUUAUGGUUGGCUUUUUCAUCUUGCCGCAGGUCUUCGCAAUUGGCAUACAUUUGGCGCCCGCUCGCUUCGGAACAACGCACCGUGACCCACGAAUUGCCCAUCGCUCCUUUACUUCAGUAUUUUACUGGUUCGCUAUCGCUUCAUUUCUCUUGCAUGCCAAGCACACAGUCACGGCGAUAAUCGACAACACUCCAGAAAGUACGCAUACAACAUACUAUCGAGUUUGGAGCAAGCUUGAGCACCAGGAGCGCACAACAUAUGAACGAUCUCGAACCGCCGUCGUUCGUCUACUUAACGCUCUCAGUGACCAUCCCGCUGUCAGUGUCAUCGGGUGGGACGUUCUACUUAGUGCACUGAGUUACUCUGUCUGGGCGAUAGUUCGCGGGCUUGAUGUGUUUGACAUGCUAAAAUGUAGCGCUGUACCUUUCAUUACGACGCCCAACGACAAAGAGGAUUCCCACCACGUUCACUUCAAGAACGAGAACGACGAAGAAGAACCUGUUAUUACUUCUACACCGCCCAUUUCGCCGAAGCGGACAGCACGUGGAAGACCUCGCAAAUCUUCGACCGCUAGCAAUGAUGGUAAGCGAAGUACACGAUCGCGCAAGUCUUUCGAGCAUGAAGAGGACGAAGGAGAGGCAUAUGUGCCACCCAGCGGCACUAGUGAAGAGCUUGCCAGUACCACACAUGGGGAGAGUCAUACCGAGGAAGCUCUCGUCGAAGAGGCGGAAGGUGCAGCGCUGGCCUGGGGGCUGUUUGUCCUCGGGGGACUGGGAGUGGCGAGUGCAGGUGUGCUUGGUGCAGAGGUCAGAGGCCGUUGA